CGUGAUCCAUGCGUAGGCCUCUCUUUCUUUCCAACCCAUCUAGUCCCCUCCCCUCCCCUCUUCCCUUCCCCGCAACUACUCCCUCUACUCUCUAGUCUCUACUACACGCUUCCAAGAAACAGAGCAACCCAGAGACCAGAGCAGGAACCAAAUUUCUCCAAGCGAUCCGGCCACGGAUCGAGGCUGUCCUCUGCUGCCGCCGGCGCCGAUGGGUUCGGCCGAUCGCAGUGAGAUCGACGGCAUCGCGGUGGCGGAGAGAGGCGCGAGGGGCUGCGUCGAAUGCCGCGCCACCACUACGCCCAUGUGGCGCAGCGGCCCGACCGGGCCCAGGUCGCUUUGCAAUGCUUGCGGGAUCCGGUACCGGAAGAAGAGGAGGCAAGAGCUUGGCCUAGACCACAAGCAGCAACAGCAGCUGCGACAGCAACAUAAUGGUGAGGUCAAAACUGAAGUAAAAGACAGUAGCAGCAGCAGCAGCGGGAGCAGCAACUUGCAGGCGGUGCAGAAACGGAGGCUCCUAAUGGGAGUGGAGGAGGCUGCGUUGUUGCUCAUGACCCUGUCUUCCUCACCCACAUCCACAUUGCUACAUGGCUAAGAACCCUGCAUACAACUCCAAACCAACGAUGUACAUACACACACACACCUCACACCUGCACACCAAGUACCCAACAUUACAAUCCAACCAUACAAGUUUCUCCAGUUUAUCUUCACCUGGAUAAGAUAGGGAGGGGAGGGGCCUAUCUCAAGAUUCUGUGAUCUUGCGAUGGGGUGUGGAUUAGUGCCUCCAUCCUCUUUGUUCUCCUCCGUUGCGCCGCAGCAUCGUAGAUCUUGGUCAUGUCAGGUUGUGAAACUUAUCUUUUCUGUGAUUUGUGGUAGGCUCCAUGAUCGGAGGUCAGUUGAUCUCACUCCCCCACCCAUCCUUUUUUUGUUCUUUGUAUGUACUUUGUUGUUGCUCCUUUGUGAGGGAUUGACGGUCGAAAGGUGACGUCGUCCCUCUUCAUUCCAAAAUAAUAAAGGGAACAAUAAUAAUAAAAGGCUUUUUUUAUUGUUCA